CAACCUUUGACCUCUGACGUCACUUCCUGUUGUACCCAAGCUACAUUUUCGCAGUGCAGUUUCUUUCUGGAAGUAUUUUUGUUCUAAAAAGCAGAUUGCUAGUGUCUAAUUAACGAUGCCCAAGGUCAGAAGAAGCAGGAAGCCUCCACCAGAAGGCUGGGAGCUGAUUGAACCUACACUGGACGAACUGGACCAGAAAAUGAGAGAAGCUGAGACAGAACCACACGAGGGGAAGAGGAAAGUGGAGGCACUCUGGCCCAUCUUUAAGAUUCACCACCAGAAGUCUCGCUACAUCUUCGACCUGUUCUACCGCAGGAAGGCAAUCAGCAGAGAGCUGUAUGAGUACUGCCUGAAGGAGGGAAUAGCCGACAAGAACCUGAUCGCCAAGUGGAAGAAGCAGGGUUACGAGAACCUCUGCUGCCUGCGCUGUAUCCAGACAAGAGACACAAACUUCGGCACCAACUGUAUCUGCAGAGUCCCAAAGAGUAAGCUAGAGGAGGGUCGUAUUGUGGAGUGUGUACACUGUGGCUGCAGAGGCUGCUCUGGAUAGAGACUAUCAUCUACAUCAUCUGCUACAAUGUUGACUUACGUCUAUUGCUAAGAAGGAUGUUCAGUAUUUUUUUUUAAUGUUGGUUGGACUGAACUUAACAUAUAAAGUUAGAUCAUAGGGAGGUUUUGUCUGUACUAUUGUUUCGCUUCAUUGUGAGAUCUCAUUAAGUGUUAUAGCAAAUUUCACGAACUAAAAUCAUGCAUGCACUGUACCUAUGCCAUGCAAUCACUUAAUUAUAACUAGUGAUGCAUACCGGUUCACUGGACUUGGAUCCGGACUUGUAAGAAUGUUUAGGUUCAAGUAAAAAAAAACCUAAAAGUCAAGAACCGAGGACUUAAUACCAUAAAAGACCAUUUCACAUACUCCUUUUCUUUCCAAACCACCUAAAACCUUCCGUAGAUUGUAAAAACUUUGCUGCAAAAUGAAGAAAACAUUGCCUUCGGGCAUCACCAAGUACCGGCCUCCAUGUUGUGGCCAAAGUUUCACCCAGACAACAUUGCAAGGUUGCAAACAUGCAAUAUGGUAUAUGCCAUGGGUUUAGGUCCGGACUUACAAGUCCGGAACUGAACCUAAACCUCUGGACUUGAAUCCGGACCUGAACCUAAAAUUGGGUUUAGGUAUGCAUCACUAAUUAUAACCUUCUCCCUGCUAUAGAAGCCUUUAACAUUGUACUAGAUAAGGGGCUACAUAGCAGGAAGAAAGUUAAAGCUGCAUAGAGACCUAGUCUUCUUGAUCAGAUAUAGACCAAGAGUAGAAAGUCUACAUUGAUACAGAGUAACAUUUAAAAGGUCAUUGAUGCAGGUUCUCAGGAGCAUUUUACUGUUUUUUUGUUGACAUUUGUUGUAAAUGUAAGACAUCUAGCAUGUUUGAGUAUUCAUAGUAAGAUGGAAUCUGCAAGGAACUAAUGUUAUCAGGGGUAGUUUUAUCUAAUAUGUUGUUGGAAAUAUGCCUUGCCCAUACAAGUCCAUGUUGAUACACGUAGUACUAUUUAGUAUAUACUCAGACAUAGCACCCUACAAUACUGCAAAAGUACAGGUUAGAUGUACACAGUUGAUGUUAAAGACAGCAUGAACACUGUGUUAAUUCACUAUGCUCAAUUAUUCUCUAUUUUGAACAAUUUCCAAUCAGUAUACAGUGUAAGUAAUGUUUAUUGGUGGCCGGUAAAACACAUACAUAUGUAAAAAUGUCUGUUAUUGUUUAGAACUGUAAAAUAUAAACAAUUGUUAACACUACUUUACAUGUACACACACAAAUGGUACAGGUAGGACAGGUGAACAUAUAUGGUAAGUAAACAAAUGUACUGCACAAUGGGUGUGAAUGAAAAAAUAAAGAGACUCUUUGCUGUUCAAGUGAACAUAUUUCUUUGGCAAGUAUGGCAGUCAACAUUAAAGUGCUUAUGCCACCAAUGACACUUAAAAAUA